AUGUGCGACACCGCCACCUCCAGCGCAGCUGCAGCCCGCCAGGCCGGCCCCGACCUGUGCACAAUCGGCGCUCUCUCCGCCGAAGACAUCUGGGCACAGAUCAUUAGUGCCGAUGAAAGUCAUGGCAACACGGCGGCCCAAGGCGAGAUUGUGCAAUUCCCGGUGACGGACAACAACGUCACUGGCUUUCAUUCGUUCCGAUUCAACCAGUUUGAUUAUUCAUCUUCCAACCCUGCAACUGAUUUCCACACCUUGGCGGGAUCUGGACUCGGGUUCGACCCCGGGGCCUACCCCCCAGUCACUCUCUCACCAACCCCUUUCCCCCAGUCAUGUACCACUGUCACUUCUUCCCCCCACCCCCUCGCCCCCUCUCACCCCCGCCCCACCCAGGAGCCGUCCGGCGACCCGUCGUCGGCGCUGAAGCGGCAGCGCAACACCAUGGCCGCCCGGCGGUACCGGCAGAAGCGCGUCGACCGCAUCAGCGAGCUCGAGGGCGCCGUCGACCAGCUCACCCGCGAGCGCGACGAGCUGCGCCUCAAGCUGGCGCGGCAGGAGGCCGAGACGGCUGCUCUGAGGGAGGUGUUGCGUAUGAGGCCUAGUGGUUCCUAG